AAUAUCUACUAAUAAUUUCUUAAUUUAAAAAAAAACCUACCUCACCCAGUCGCCUUCUUCAAUGCCCCCGUCCCGUCCGUCGUCUUCACACACAAAGCCUCCUCAUUCCGUCGUCUUCACCCACCCCACAUAUUCCGCCGUCUUCACCCAUUCCUAAUCAUAAUCAAUGCAAAUCCAUAAGAUUUGAAAGUUGUAGUGGUAAUCUCCAUUUCUUCAUGUGAAAAAGGACGACGGCAAUGGUGGCAAUGGUAAUCUCCCUUAAUUGGUAUUUUCCCGUUGAGGGCAGCAGCAACAUACUAUUUUUUAAUGGUAAUUUCCAUUUUUUCCGAUGAAAAAGGACGAUAGCAACGGUGGCAAUAGUAAAACACGACGGCAAAGAUAUUUGGCCGGUGCGCGAGUUGGUUGAGGAAGAAGACCUUUUAAAAAAAAAAUUAAAAUGGCGGAUGGCCUUUUGAGGUCUAGUUGAGGAAGAAGACUUUAAAAUAAAAAAAUAAAUAAAUAGCGGAUGCCUUUUCGGGACAAGUUUGAAAGCAUGUCGAUAACUUAAGCCAAAAAAAAUUGAGAAAAUUAUACUUGGCAGUUCCUCGCUGUAAUGAAGGUCGCUUUGUAAUCAGGUAGUUUGCAGGACCCCUUCGGAGAGGCAAACCACUUUAGAGUUGUAUUACCCUCAUAAUGACUCCUGAACGGAUCAAUGGUCAGUCUCUAGUAUAGCACUAACCUGCUUCAAUCAGUCUCAACCCCAAUGCUUAGAGCCUAAACAUUUGCUACUUACUAGGCAGCCUUUCCAUGUCAUCAUUUCACGCUGGCAAAUAAUUGGCCGAUAAAAGAGUCCUCUCACGAGAAGAGAAGGCAUCCGGAACUUUCUCCAAAAAUAUUUUUAGCUUUUUUUUUACCCUUAGAAUUUCAAUGGGAUAAUGCUCUCAUCUUUUCCUUUUUUUUAAGUCAUUUAUAUACUAUCAUGUAUUUGAUUCCUAAUUUAGGAGUUAGACCGAAAUAAAAUGAACUUGAUCAACCUUAACUCCCUUGUCUUUAGCCCCUCUUUACAAAUUUUACUUUUAUCGUUAUUUUCCCAUAACAAUAACGAGUAAAAUAUAAAUUAAAAUGAUCAACACUUUACAUGUUUAAAUUACUUUAAAAUACCAAUGGCUAAUACAAAAUUCACAAAAGAAGGAAGGAAACCAAAGAAUAAAUAGCAAGUCAAUAGUAAUUUAUAGCUUAGUCAACUUUCCUAAAUGCAACUUGUUUUUCUUCUACACCUACUGCAUUAUUCAAUGCUUGCAAGGAAGUCUACACCACAUACACUUUGCAUAUACUUUUCCUUCUUCACCAAAAAUCAACUCUCAUUUUUCUUAGCAACAAAGAAAAGGAAAACAACAUGGUUGAUGUAGCAGUGAGCUUUCUGCUGGAGAACUUGACGCAGUUGUUGCGGGACAAUGCGGAGUUAAUAGUAGGAGUUAAAGGUGAAGCAGAGAAUCUACUUGAAGAUCUAAGUGAAUUCAAUGCUUUUCUCAAGCAAGCUGCCAUUGUUCGCAGCGAAAAUCCAGUACUGAAAGAGUUGGUGAAGAGUAUCAGGAAAGUAGUCAAUCGAGCUGAAGAUGCUAUUGAUAAAUUUGUAAUAGAAGCUAAGCUUCACAAGGACAGAGGGGUAACAAGGUUGUGGGAAAAUAUUGGACAUUAUAAAAAAGUGAAGGAUGUUGCAGAGGAGAUUAAAGGUAUUAGAGAUAGAGUUAGAGAAAUCAGGCAAAACAAUGCACAUGGACUUCAGGCACUUCAAGAUCAUGAUGAUUUGGUCAAUAGAGGUGGGGAAGAGAGACAGCCUCCUGUGGUUGAGGAAGAUGAUGUGGUGGGAUUUGACGAGGAGGCGCAGAAGGUAAUCGACCGUCUUCUUGAAGGCUCAGAUGAUUUAGAGGUAGUUCCAGUUGUUGGAAUGCCCGGUCUUGGCAAAACUACAUUAGCCAAUAAGAUUUUCAAGCACCCGAAGAUUGAAUACGAGUUCUUUACUCGACUUUGGCUUUAUGUUUCCCAAUCAUAUAAGGUAAAAGAAUUAUAUCUCAACAUCAUCAGUAAAUUCACCGGAAAAACCAAGCAGUACCAUGAUAUGUCUGAGAAGGAUUUAGCUGAUGUUGUACGAGGUAUUUUGGAAGAAGGCGGAAAAUACUUGAUUGUCUUGGAUGAUGUAUGGUCUAGAGAAGCUUGGGAUCGUAUCAAGAUUGCUUUCCCAAAAAAUAAUAAGCGCAAUAGAGUAUUGUUGUCCACUCGACAUCACACAAUUGCUAAAUAUUGCAACGAGAGGCCUCAUAAUUUAAAAUUUCUCACUGAUGAAGAGAGUUGGAUUUUGCUGGAGAAAAAAGCUUUUCACAAGGCUAAAUGUCCUCCCGAAUUGGAAACACACGGACAGAGCAUAGCUAGGAAGUGUAAAGGAUUACCUCUUGCUAUUGUGGUGAUUGCUGGAGCUCUAAUUGGGAAAGGCAAGACAACGAUGGAGUGGGAGCAAGUGGAUCAGAGUGUGGGCGAACACCUCAUAAGUAGAGAUCACGCAAAUAAUUGUAAUAAAUUGGUGCGGAUGAGUUAUGAUGAUUUGCCUUAUGACUUGAAAGCUUGCUUUUUAUAUUUUGGUGCAUUCCCCAGAGGCUUUUUAAUCCCUGCUUGGAAAUUGAUCCGCUUAUGGACCGCGGAAGGGUUCAUCCAGUACAAAGGAAACUUAUCCCUUGAGUGUAAAGCUGAGCAUUACUUGAAUGAUCUUGUCAACAGAAAUUUAGUGAUGGUGAUGCGAAGGACUUCUGAUGGCCAAAUCAAAACUUGCCGUGUUCAUGACAUGUUGUAUGAGUUUUGCUGGCAGGAGGCCACGACUGAGGAGAAUCUUUUCCAUGAAGUAAAAGUCGGUGUUGAGCAAUCUAUUAGUGAAAUGUCCACUUACCGGCGCUUGUGCAUUCAUUCCACUGUUCUGGAAUUCAUUUCUAAGAAGCCCUCUGCUGAGCAUGUUAGGUCAUUCCUAUGUUUUCCUUCAGAAAAAGUUGAAAUUCCCCCAACUGCCAUUGCAAACAUACCAAAAGGUUUUCCAUUGCUAAGGGUGUUGGAUACGGAGUCCAUCAAAAUCAGUCGCUUUUGCAAGGAGUUCUUUCAGUUGUAUCAUCUGAGGUAUAUUGCUUUCUCAUUUGACUUGAUCAAGGUCCUUCCUAAACAUGUCGGGGAACUUUGGAACGUACAAACCCUCAUCGUCAACACACAACAGACCAAUCUUGAUAUUCAAGCAGACAUAUGGAACAUGCCCCGCCUGAGGCAUCUGCACACCAACACAUCUGCUAAAUUGCCGACACCUACUACCCCAAAAACUAGUAAGUUUACCUUGGUAAAUCAAAGCCUACAAACCCUCUGCACAAUUGCACCUGAAAGCUGCACCGAGGAUGUUCUCUCGAGGGCUCCAAACUUGAAAAAACUGGGCAUUCGUGGCAAAAUUGCUAAGCUACUGGAACCAAGUAAGACUGCAUUGUUCAGCAAUGUUAAGAAGCUGCAAUGUCUUGAGAACUUGAAGCUGAUUAAUGUUGGUCAGACUGAUCAGAAACAAUUACGCCUUCCUCCGGCAUAUAUAUUUCCUUCAAAGUUGAGAAAGUUGACAUUAUCAGACACCUGGUUGGAGUGGGAUGAUAUGUCGGUAUUGGGUCAGUUGGAGUACCUUCAAGUCUUGAAGCUGAAAGACAACGCAUUUCAGGGAGAGUAUUGGGAGACAAAGGUUGGAGGCUUUCGUUCCCUACUAGUGUUAUGCAUUGUAAGGACAACCUUAGCUUCUUGGCAUGCUUCAGGUGAUCACUUCCCCAGACUUAAGCAUCUGCUUCUCAUAUCCUGUGAUAAACUUGCGGAGGUCCCCAUUGGCCUGGCCGAUAUACGCAGCCUCCAAGUGAUGGAGUUGCGAAAUGCGACCAAACCAGCAGCAAAAUCUGCCCGCUGUAUACAAGCCAAAAAAAGCAAGCUGCAAACCGUUAAAUCCCAAAGGUUUGAGCUUUCUAUAUUCCCUCCUGAUGUCUGAUUCACAGACCGCUUCUUUGAAAGGUCUUAAAUAAUUGCAUGCUGCUGGUUGGCGCCGCAUGGUUUUUGCUUCAUUUGGAUUUUGGCUCACUGCUUUCACAGUGAAGCCUGUUUGCAUUUCAUAAGUGGAAUGAGUGAACCACAUUUUUGUAACUCUGUUGUUACCUUUCUGCAUUUGAUGGUCUUUGGUGUGUUCAUGUUUUAUUGAUUGCUGCUGCUGCUAUGAGCCUUGAAGGUUCUAGCAAUCUCAAGACAUUGUUACUGAUACAGCUCUGGAUUCUCUUCAUUCAGAUAUAUACUUCAAAUAUUUCAGGCUGAUUCAUAUA